GGUGUGCUUACUGCCUGCUGCCUCUCUUCCAUUAGCCUCAGCUAUUGGAUUUCCCACCCAGAAUCUUUAGGUAAAUGAGAUCAUGAUUCUGGAAGGAAGUGGUGUAAUGAAUCUCAACCCCAGCAACAACCUCCUCCAUCAGCAAUCUGCCUGGACAGACAGCUACUCCACGUGCAAUGUUUCCAGCGGGUUCUUUGGAGGCCAAUGGCAUGAAAUCCACCCUCAGUACUGGACCAAGUACCAGGUGUGGGAGUGGCUCCAGCACUUUCUGGACACCAACCAACUGGACGCCAGUUGCAUCCCUUUCCAAGAGUUCGACAUCAAUGGCGAGCACCUCUGUAGCAUGAAUUUGCAGGAAUUCACCCGGGCGGCUGGGACGGCGGGCCAGCUCCUCUACAGUAACUUGCAGCAUCUCAAGUGGAAUGGCCAGUGCAGCAGUGACCUGUUCCAGUCCACACACAAUGUCAUUGUAAAGACCGAACAAACCGACCCGUCGAUCAUGAACACCUGGAAAGAAGAAAACUAUUUAUACGACACCAACUAUGGGAGCACAGUAGAUUUGUUGGACAGCAAAACGUUCUGUCGGGCCCAGAUCUCCAUGACAACCACCAGUCACCUCCCUGUGGAGUCACCUGAUAUGAAAAAGGAGCAAGACCACCCUGCAAAGUCCCACACCAAAAAGCAUAACCCUCGAGGGACUCACUUAUGGGAGUUUAUCCGAGACAUCCUCUUGAGCCCGGACAAGAACCCGGGAUUAAUCAAGUGGGAAGACCGGUCCGAGGGCAUCUUCAGGUUCUUGAAGUCAGAGGCCGUGGCUCAGUUGUGGGGGAAGAAGAAGAACAACAGCAGCAUGACUUAUGAAAAACUCAGCCGCGCGAUGAGAUAUUACUACAAAAGAGAGAUUCUGGAGCGUGUGGACGGACGCAGACUGGUUUAUAAAUUUGGGAAGAACGCUCGCGGGUGGAGAGAAAACGAAAACUGAGGCUGCCGACGCUUCGAACACACACACUCGCGCACCCCAGACGAUGGCAAACCAAGACCCCCUGGGCGUGAUUAUUUCAAAGACAGCGUUUCUCGGAUAUUUAUAUACCACAAGGGGGAAAGCAAACCCAAGCCCCCAAGGCAUCUGCUUCUAACGGGAGGGAGAACACUACAGUUGAUGAAAUUAUUUUGUUACUUUGAAGUAUGUCCUAUGUGGGGAGCAAACGUACACAGUUUUCUGUGAAAUAUGAGGCUGGAAGAGGUUGUGAUUUGUUUCCUUUGUCUUUCUUUGUUUGCCUCUAUUGUGAAAUCCUUUUCUGUGGCAAGAAUAACUGGAUGAGUAGCCUUGUGCUUCUUGCUAAGAGAAAAGGGGAAGGAAAAAAAUAA